AUGGGACUGGGCCUUGCCGUCUGCAAGCGCUUCGUGAGCAUGAUGGGCGGCCAUAUCUGGGUGGAGAGCGAGGGGCCGGGCAAGGGCACGACGGUGACGUUUGUGGUGCGCCUGGGGCUGCCGGAGAAGGCGGACGACCGCACCAAGGCGGGCAACGCGGGGCAGAAGCAGGCUGCUGGCGGCGCUGGUGGGGCCACCAAGGCUGUCGAUUUCACAGGGCUCAAAGUGCUCGUGUGUGAUGAUAACCAUGUGAACCGCAUGGUGACGAAGCGCAUGGUCACUCGACUGGGCUGCGAGGUCACUGUGGUGGGGUCGGGCCGCGAGUGCCUGGCUGCUCUUGCCGGGCCAGGCCACGGCUUUAAGGUGCUACUCCAGGAUCUGAUGAUGCCGGAUAUGGAUGGCUACGAGGUGGCCAAGCGAGUCAUCGACCGAAUCAAGAACCCCGACGAGCGCCCGCGCAUAGCGGCGCUGACAGCCAACACGGACCAGGCCACCAAGGACCGCUGCCUCAGCAUCGGCAUGGACGGGGUCAUCACCAAGCCCAUCUCGCUCGAGAAGAUGAGGAUUGUCUUCACGGAGCUCAUGACCCUCGGGAAGAUCGUGUCCGAUCCCAAGGCUUAA